CUGGUGGGGUCCUCAGGAGUGCCAGACGGCCCCCAAGGGGGGCCGUGCAGGACGCUUCUGCUCGGGCCACUCCCUGCGUGCCGCCGGCGUGCCGCCGCCCAGCGCCCCGGGCGCGCCGGGCGCCCCGCCGGCCCGGGCGGUGGCGCAGAGGGCCAGCGUGCGGCACGCGGGCCGGCCUCCCGGCGGGGGUGUCGCGCGCCUUCGCCCCGCUCCUCUCGAUCGGGAGGAGCGGGGCGCCCUCCUCGCCCUCCUUGCCCUUCCUCCGGCGCCCGCCUCGAGGAGGGCGCGGGAGAGUUGCCCGCAUCUUGUCGAGCAGGCUGCAUCGGGCACCGACAGAAGGCCUCCCCCCCACCACGCAGGGCAGGGCAGGUCCACGGAGGAAGUCUGCAGCUGCACGGGGGCGCUCGACGCGUGUCGAGUGCGCCGGUGCAGUCCCCAGUGA